AAUAUUAAAAAAAUAAAUCAAAUUGAAUAUUAUAUUCAAUUUUGAAAUCAUAUUGAGCUAUUUUUUAGUCAAAGUUCGCAUCACAAUUCAUUUUUUUGUCUGGAGCUGCUUUAUUGUUAUUAUCCCUCCUGCGGCCGAUUCCCUCCUGCGAUUAGGGCUGAUAAUUCUCCUCCGCUUCCCUGCUCCCUCUUAGGGUCGUUUCUUUGACCUGACUCUUGCGUGCAUUUACCAUACACCUUGCCCUCUAGCUUAUCAAGGUGUUCCUGGUACCUUGGUGGCACGGACACUGCGUUGUCUCUCCCCUUGGUUGAAAAUGUGCUCUGUUUUUGCUUGCAUUUUGUAUAUAUAUACCUCUAUCCAAGUCCAACUAUUCUACUUCACUCUCCUUAUUAUUCUCCCCACAAAUCCAAUCUCACUAGAUAUCUUUUCAUUUUGCAACUAGCUCAUGAUAUCUUCACGAUCACAAUUUUAUUGAUCUUGGAAUAUUCGAAACGUUUAUUGAGCUUCGGAGUCUUUCGUCUACUUCUCAUCCAACCAGCCGCAGGAUGGUCUCCCGAAGUAUCCCCCUACGUAUUGCCUUGCUAUUGUCAUGUAUCCCGUUGGUCGCUUCUCAGAGCCUCUCCGACUGCCAUAACCAUGACAGCGUGGUGUUCUGUUUCGGGUCGGAUGGGAAGGAAACUCCCAUCUCGACUCAGGUAGCCCCCACGAUGACCCAGCCAGCCUCAGUGUCGGCUGUCACUACAGAGGCUCCUCAAACGACAGCCAUUACCGCUUGUCAUACACAUGAGACAAAGACAUUUUGCAUAGGAGGGGAUGGUUCCGAGGUUGAAGUGUCGGCAACCGGCACCACCCGCCCUUCGGCGGUUCCAGUAGAGUUCACAGGCUGCCACUAUCAUGGUGGAACCAGAUUUUGCGUAGGGCCCGAUGGUGACGAAGUGCAAGUGCUAUCCGCAAGCGGAGGCUCCGGCGACGAGCACGGGGGGAGGCAAUCAAGCGGAGAAAAUUGUCAUUUCCAUGGCGGUGUGGAGCAUUGCACGGGCAGUGGAGAAUCCGAAGCCUCAGCGCCGCCUUCCUGUGAACGAAGGGAUCGAGACUACAACAUACCGCUUCGAAUUGGAUCUCUGUUUGUCAUACUUGCCACAAGCGCCAUCGCCGUGUUUGGCCCAAUGUUGUGGGCUCGAUUUUUCAAUACGAGUUUGAACGGCGUUCUUUUCACUGUGAUUAAACAGUUUGGCACUGGAGUUAUGGUGUCGACUGCGUUUAUUCAUUUGCUUACCCAUGCACAACUCAUCUUCAGCAACCCAUGCCUUGGGACUUUAGACUACGAAGCAACCACAGGCGCAAUUGCCAUGGCCGGAAUAUUCCUCGCGUUUCUAGUCGAUUACGCAGGAAACCGGUUUCUCCUUGCAAGGAAGCUCGACUGCAACCCGCACGCACACUGUGACGUUGAACCACAGCCAGCUCUGACAAAGUCCGCCAAUGGGAGCGACACCGAACCAGCCGCUCCCACACUAGCCAAUCUAGGCCACCACCACUCGCUUGCUCGACCAGAUGACAAGCUGAGUGUAGUCAUAAUGGAAGCAGGAAUUAUCUUUCACUCAAUCAUAAUCGGUCUUACUCUCAUCGUCGCCGGGGACUCUGGGUAUCUUAUCCUCUUCAUCGUGAUAAUCUUCCACCAAAUGUUCGAAGGCCUCGCACUAGGCGCGCGAAUCGCCCAGCUGGGAGCCGCCCUCACGCCAUCCAAGCUGAGCAUGGCGACUGCGUUUGCGCUAAUCACGCCAAUCGGCAUGGCGAUUGGGCUGGGCGUGAUCCACCAGUUCAACGGUAACGACCGAUCGACCAUCAUUGCGAUUGGCACCCUGGACGCGUUGUCGGCGGGGAUCCUGUCGUGGGUUUCGCUGAUUGAUAUGUGGAGCCAUGACUGGCUGGAGGGUGAUUUGCGCGAUGCGGGAAUCUUGAAGACGGGCGUUGGGCUUUUGGGGUUGGUGGCUGGGAUGGUUUUGAUGGGUUUGCUAGGGAAAUGGGCGUGAUUUCGAAUUUUAGAUUGUUGAUUUUUGCUUAGCGUGUUUUUGGAUGGCAAUAUUAGAUUUGAUAUUUAGAUAGGAGGUUUAGCAGUAUAGCAGUGUUUAUACCCGUUUUUAUAUAGAUAACACUGGGUAUCAUCUUCAAUUCAUAAAAAGAAAGAAAUAAGAUCUGAAGUUAACAUCUGCUUCAGAGUUAAUUAAAUAUUUUAUCAGUAUUUUAUUAUUCAGAGUAUUUAUUUUGAUUAUAACAUGAAUUCAGAAAUAUGAUAAUUAUUAAUUUUUUA